AUGUGUCUCUUUUCAUGUCCCCCAAUUAAAGCUGCUCCGCUCUUGCUGUAUGCAAACCGACGUGAUCUAAGAUUGGUGGAUGCUGCAAACGGGAAAGAGAAUGCUACGGUGGUCGUGGGUGGUUUGGAGGAUGCAGCUGCAGUGGACUUUGUGUUUGUCCAGGGAUUGAUAUACUGGAGUGAUGUAAGUGAAGAAGCCAUUAAACGAACAGAAUUUAAUAAAACUGGGAGUGUGCAGAAUGUGGUCGUUUCUGGCCUUUUGUCACCGGAUGGGCUUGCAUGUGACUGGUUGGGGGAAAAACUCUACUGGACAGAUUCUGAAACAAAUCGGAUUGAAGUUUCCAAUUUAGAUGGAUCUUUGAGAAAGGUUUUAUUCUGGCAAGAAUUGGAUCAGCCCAGAGCCAUUGCCUUAGAUCCUGCAAGAGGGUUCAUGUACUGGACAGACUGGGGGGAAGUGCCAAAGAUAGAACGUGCUGGAAUGGAUGGUUCAAGCCGCUCUGUUAUAAUCAACACAGACAUUUAUUGGCCGAAUGGAUUGACUUUGGAUUAUGAAGAACGGAAGCUUUAUUGGGCAGAUGCUAAACUGAACUUCAUCCACAAAUCAAACCUGGAUGGAAGCCAUCGGCAAGCAGUGGUUAAAGGCUCCCUUCCACAUCCUUUUGCUUUGACGUUGUUUGGAGACAUGCUGUACUGGACUGACUGGAAUACACAUUCUAUCCUGGCCUGCAACAAGUACUCGGGGGAGGACCUCCACGAAGUACAUUCAAACAUCUUUUCGCCAAUGGACAUCCAUGCUUUUAACCAGCAGAGGCAGCCAAAUGCGACAAACCCAUGUGGAACUAAUAAUGGUGGCUGCUCCCACUUAUGUUUGAUGUCUCCUACCAAGUCCUCUUAUCAUUGUGCAUGUCCCACUGGUGUGCAGCUCCUGGAGAAUGGAAAGACCUGCAAAGAAGGUGCCACUGAGUUGCUGCUUCUAGCCCGCAGGACGGACUUAAGGCGCAUUUCUUUAGACACCCCAGAUUUUACAGACAUUGUCUUGCAACUGGAGGACAUCCGUCAUGCCAUUGCUAUUGACUAUGAUCCUGUGGAAGGCUACAUCUAUUGGACAGAUGAUGAGGUGAGGGCCAUCCGCCGCUCUUUCGUGGACGGAUCAGGUUGUCAGUUCGUUGUCACAGCACAGAUUGCACACCCUGAUGGCAUUGCAGUGGACUGGGUUGCCCGAAACCUUUAUUGGACUGACACUGGCACUGAUCGCAUUGAGGUGACAAGACUUAAUGGGACCAUGAGAAAAAUUUUGAUAUCAGAAGACUUGGAAGAACCCAGAGCUAUCGUAUUGGAUCCAAUGGUUGGAUACAUGUAUUGGACUGACUGGGGAGAAAUUCCCAAGAUUGAGAGAGCUGCAUUAGAUGGUUCAGACAGAAUUGUGCUGGUGAAUACUUCCCUUGGCUGGCCAAAUGGAUUGGCACUGGAUUAUGCAGAAAGCAAAAUAUACUGGGGUGAUGCAAAAACGGAUAAAAUUGAGGUCAUGAAUUCAGAUGGCACUGGUAGGAGGGUUCUGGUGGAGGACAAGUUGCCUCACAUCUUCGGAUUCACUUUGCUGGGAGACUAUGUUUAUUGGACAGAUUGGCAAAGGCGCAGCAUUGAGAGAGUGCAUAAGCGUACAGCAGAAAGGGAAAUCAUCAUAGACCAACUGCCUGAUCUAAUGGGUCUGAAAGCCACAAAUGUCCAUCAAAUCAUUGGUACAAACCCUUGUGCAGAUGAUAAUGGUGGUUGCAGCCAUCUCUGCCUAUACAGACCACAGGGACUUCGGUGUGCCUGCCCCAUAGGCUUAGAACUCAUAAGUGACAUGAAGACAUGCAUUGUCCCAGAAGCUUUCCUACUGUUUUCACGGAGAGCAGAUAUCAGGAGAAUCUCUUUGGAAACCAAUAACAACAAUGUUGCCAUCCCACUUACUGGAGUCAAGGAAGCAUCUGCCUUGGAUUUUGAUGUGACAGACAAUCGUAUUUACUGGACAGACAUCUCACUGAAGACUAUCAGCAGGGCAUUUAUGAAUGGCAGCGCACUGGAACAUGUGGUGGAGUUCGGGUUGGACUACCCUGAAGGCAUGGCAGUUGACUGGCUAGGGAAGAACCUGUACUGGGCCGAUACCGGAACAAAUCGCAUAGAAGUAUCGAAACUGGAUGGGCAGCAUCGCCAAGUGCUGGUAUGGAAGGACCUGGACAGUCCCCGGGCGCUGGCAUUGGACCCUGCUGAGGGGUUUAUGUACUGGACCGAGUGGGGUGGGAAGCCCAAGAUUGACCGAGCUGCCAUGGAUGGAAGUGAGCGUACUACUUUGGUACCAAAUGUGGGACGAGCUAAUGGGCUAACUAUUGACUAUGCCAAAAGACGACUCUACUGGACUGAUUUAGAUACCAACUUGAUAGAAUCUUCCAAUAUGCUAGGUCUUGACCGUGAGGUUAUUGCUGAUGACUUGCCUCACCCGUUUGGCUUGACUCAAUACCAGGAUUACAUCUAUUGGACAGACUGGAGCCGGCGCAGCAUUGAGCGAGCCAACAAAACCAGCGGCCAGAACCGAACUAUCAUUCAAGGACACUUGGAUUACGUUAUGGAUAUCUUGGUCUUCCAUUCUUCCCGACAGGCAGGUUGGAACGAAUGUGCAUCUAGCAAUGGGCAUUGCUCUCAUCUCUGUUUAGCAGUACCCAUUGGUGGUUUUGUCUGCGGCUGCCCAGCUCACUACUCCUUGAAUUUUGACAACAGGACCUGCAGUGCUCCUACAACCUUCUUGCUGUUCAGUCAGAAGAAUGCAAUUAAUCGCAUGGUGAUAGAUGAGCAACAAAGUCCAGACAUCAUACUCCCCAUCCACAGCCUCAGAAAUGUUCGGGCCAUUGAUUAUGAUCCCCUGGAUAAGCAGCUUUACUGGAUUGACUCUCGUCAAAACAUCAUCCGGAAAGCACAAGAAGAUGGCAGCCAGAGUCUUACAGUGGUGGCCAGUCCAGUUCCCAAUCAGAACCUGGACAUGCAGCCCUAUGACCUGAGCAUUGACAUCUACAGCCGUUACAUCUACUGGACGUGUGAAGCCACUAAUGUAAUCAAUGUGACACGCCUGGAUGGGAGAUCGAUGGGUGUGGUGCUGAAAGGAGAUCAAGACAGGCCCAGGGCCAUUGUGGUGAAUCCAGAGAAAGGGUACAUGUAUUUCACCAACCUACAGGAAAGGUCUCCCAAAAUUGAGAGAGCAGCAUUGGAUGGAACUGAACGGGAAGUCCUCUUUUUCAGUGGCUUGAGUAAACCUGUAGCCUUAGCAAUUGACAGCCAGCUGGGAAAGUUGUUCUGGGCAGAUUCAGACCUCCGGAGAAUUGAAAGCAGUGACCUUUCAGGUGCAAACCGAAUUGUUUUAGAAGACUCCAACAUUCUGCAGCCUGUCGGACUGACAGUAUUUGAAAACUGGCUCUACUGGAUUGAUAGGCAACAGCAGAUGAUUGAAAAAAUGGAUAUGACUGGUCAAGGAGGACGCACAAAGGUGCAAGCUCGCAUUGCUCAACUCAGCGACAUUCACGCUGUUAAGGAACUCAAUAUCCAGGAAUACAGACAGCAUCCUUGUUCUCAAGAUAAUGGUGGGUGUUCGCACAUCUGCAUCGUGAAGGGAGAUGGUACCACUCGUUGUUCUUGCCCAGUACAUCUUGUCCUACUGCAGGAUGAACUGUCCUGUGGAGAACCCCCAACAUGUUCCCCUCAGCAAUUUACCUGUUUCACGGGUGAGAUUGACUGCAUUCCAGUGGCUUGGCGCUGUGAUGGAUUCACUGAAUGCGAAGACCAUAGUGAUGAGAAGAACUGUCCUGUAUGCUCAGACUCCCAGUUCCAGUGUGAAAGUGGGCAGUGCGUAGAGAGCAGUCUCCGGUGCAAUGGAGAGGCAAAUUGUCAGGACAACUCAGAUGAGAAGAACUGUGAAGUGCUCUGUUUAACUGAUCAAUUCCGCUGCACUAGUGGACAGUGCAUUGGAAAAAACAAGAAAUGUGAUCACAACUUGGACUGCAGUGAUAACUCAGAUAAGCAUGGAUGCUACACAACAGAGGAGCCAGCACCACAGCCCAACAACACCAUUGGCUCAAUUAUUGGAGUGAUCCUUACUGUUUUUGUUGUGGGAGCAAUGUACUUUAUCUGCCAGAGGGUUCUGUGCCCACGUAUGAAGGGGGAUGGGGAAACGAUGACCAAUGACUACGUGGUACAUGGACCAGCCUCUGUACCUCUUGGUUAUGUGCCUCACCCAAGCUCCUUGUCUGGGUCACUCCCAGGGAUGUCUCGUGGUAAAUCUGUGAUCAGCUCCCUUAGUAUCAUGGGAGGAAGUAGUGGGCCACCCUACGACAGGGCCCAUGUCACGGGGGCAUCCUCCAGUAGCUCCUCGAGUACCAAGGGCACUUACUUCCCUCCUAUUUUGAAUCCUCCGCCUUCACCAGCAACAGAACGUUCACAUUACACCUUGGAGUUUGGUUAUUCGUCAAACAGUCCUUCUACUCACAGAUCCUACAGCUACAGGCCGUACAGCUACCGCCAUUUUGCACCUCCUACUACACCCUGCAGCACAGAUGUUUGUGACAGUGACUAUGCCCCCAGCCGAAGGGUCACAACAGCAGUGGCAAAGGGCUAUACCAGUGACUUGAAUUAUGAUUCAGAGCCUGUGCCACCUCCACCCACACCACGCAGCCAGUACCUGUCAGCAGAGGAGAACUAUGAGAGCUGCCCACCCUCCCCCUACACAGAACGGAGUUACUCUCAUCACCUCUACCCACCACCCCCAUCUCCCUGCACGGACUCCUCAUGAGCGGACCCUCCCCUCCUUUGACUGCCUCCAUUACAACUGUGUAAAUACAAAAUGUUCAUAUUGGGAAGAGGGGAGGGAGCCAUUGCAGAGGGGGUGAGGCAGGACCAGUGUACAGUUAAGAGUUAUUAAAUGGGGUGGGGAAUAUUUGGAGAUAUUUGUACAGAAGAAAAAAGAGGAUAUUUAUAUAUUUUCUUAAACAGCAUCUGCUGCUUGUGCCAUGCGAAGAUUUUGUAAAAAAAAAAGAAAAAGAUAGAAAUUUGUACAAAAAGUUUUUAUUUUUGCAAAUGGAACACAAAAACAUGCCUUAAUCCAGUGAAGUGACUGAGCACAUUGAAAAUGGAAGGACCAGGACGCAUUAUUGUCCAGCGAGGUGAGAUGCGGGGUUCGUCAAUACCAAAAAAUGUUUAAAAUAAUAAUAAAGAAGUCUGUCUCAGAGCAGCAUACCAUAGACACUUGGAAGUAGCCAAAUAACCUCUACAUUAAUUAUGGAGGGCCGGCAACUAAAGUUAAACUUGAAGAAAACACAGUCAGGACAGAUACUAACCUUACAUACAAAGGGCUUUACAUUUUCUAUUGGAAUAUCACAGAUCAUAGAAGUGAAUACAUCAUAAUUAUACACCCAUUCUUUUUUCAUUCAAAUACAUUUAUAUUAUUUUUUGGGCCUACACUUGCAAUGUUAUACCACUUUACAACAUUCUCCGUUGCUAGAAGACGAAUAAUUUUGUUGUGUGCAUUUUAAAAAAAAAUCCUUCCUUUUUUUCCUCUUUCCUGUGUGUUCCUUGCCCUCUAACCCUGAUAUCAUGUUGUUUCAUCCUAAUAUGCUUAUUCAAAUACCCCUGGAAUUGGGUUAAUGAAAAGGUAUCCUCUGUCUUUUCGAUGUGAUGUCAUACAUACUCUAUUUUUGCCUUCUUCAUUUUGCCAAACCUGAAGGAGUCCACUUUUGUACCAGGUCAGUGCAAUUCUGACAUAAUUGACAAGGGUAAUAUGCAUGUACCUGAAUGAUUUUUGUCCCUUUUUAAAAGCAAGUAAGCAAACACACGCACUUGUUUUGAUCCAGUGCCCACAAAAUGUCAAAUAUUUUUAUACCACAUAUAAUAUAGGCAACAUAUUUAUAAACUCUAAAUUUAACCAUGAAUUGUUAGUUUUAUUGUAAAUGAAUCCUAUAUCCUUGCAGUACUUUCAGUGUAUAGUUAAUAUCAUGGUAUGCAAAUCAUAUAUAAAAUAUAUAUAUUUUCCUAGUAAGGAAGCAUUUAAACUUUGUCAGUGGGGGACAAACGAUAAGAAAUAGACAUUUGGACCAUUAGAAAUGUUUCUCCUACUGAAUUAACUCUUCAUGAUAUGUCCAUCUUAGGCCAUUCUUCUCAGUAUGAUUUCUACAUUACCAUCUCUUUGGCAUGGUUUGGGUUUAAUACUUCAGUAUUAACCACUGUGAGUGUCAAAUUUAAAGUUACUCUUAACCAAAUCGUUUUCUAUUAACAACCUGCAUUUUUGUGUAUCUCCUUUGUGUAGCCCUCCUACCUCCCCCCAGCAAUUUGAAAGGGAUAGUGUGUGUUCAUUUUUUAAAAAUACUUGCAUGAGCUGAAGGGCAAUAUAUGAUCUUACAAACUCCUCCUGACCCCAAUGCAGCAUUUGAGUUUGACUACCUAACCUAAUGGAGCUCACAUUGGAUCUUAUCCUGGGUGACAUUAAGCAUUUGCCACGCUACGCAUCAGACUAAAUCUGACCUCUUGCUAUAGAGGGUUCUGAGGGACUUCUGCCUUGUAGUCCUGGGACCUAGUACCAAGGUAAUCACUCUGCAUAGGUACCCAAAUGGGUUUACUGCUCUGUUAUGCAUUUCCCAAUCAGUUUUUACUAUGAGAUGCAGGCUGGAAAUAUGGUCUGAUUUUCAACCUGUAUUUUUCAGGAAAUUUUGAAUGACACUUGCCACUGCUACAACUCUGUAUGACUGUUGGAGCCUCUCUCAGUUUCAGCUUCAAGGGAAAUGAUGAAGUUUAGAAUUCUAGUGGUAGUAAAGGACCUUUCUAAUAAUUGAUCAUACCCCAGGAAGAUUUAAAACAAAGUACCCUCAGACUAUUGGAAUUUUCGUCAAACUAUUGGAAAUGAUCUUAAAGUCAGGUGCACUAACUGCACUAAUGUCAGCCCAGGUGAUGCUUCAUUCUAGGUACCUAAGAAUUUUGGUACUUGUUCCUUUGGCUCUUCCUUUUGGUGAAGAAACUUACUUGUGAUCUCCAGUAGGAUGGACAUUGAAGUUAUUGUGAACUCUUAGGGGGAUGCCAGUCUAUUUAUAUGAAGAGCAAGGGGGGGGUGAGGAGAGGCCAGGUGCCGAUCAGAAUUGAGACCUCUACGCUGUUUACAUUUUUUUAAAUGUGCAGCAUUCUGUGUGGGGUUCACAUGUGGAAACUUGCACUAAUGAACUCAGAAAAAUAUUGCAUUGUUGUAUCUCAUUCCAUUUGCUUUGUACUGCGAUGGCAGUGGUCUUUUCUUGCAAGAUACUUCUUAAGUGUGCCAAUUUCUGUUUGAAAAAUUCUUGAGGUGGUUAAGCUUAAGAUGUGGUACCCUCUUCCAGAAGGUUCAAAACUUUUACUGAUUUUCUUCAUGUAAGGUAUCAUUGCUGAACCUGAUUACAGUGAGGCCUUAUUGUAGAAGAAUUAGCUCUUCCCCUUUGGACAAUAAUGCCUGACUUCUGUAUGGAUUUAAACCCAAAUAGAACUCCAUUGAAGUCAACAGGAUGGAAGUAGAAGUCAAUGUAGAAUUGGCAGCGAUAUAUUUUGAUCUAAACAUUUAACUUUGUGCAUUAUGUACUUAAUUUGCAUCUUCUGUUCUUUUGAUGAGUGAAACAUUCGUAUAAGGAGGGGAAAAAUGGACAGAUGAUUUAUUGCACUACAAAAAGCCAAUGCAGAGAGCAGGUUGUUUCUCUGUUCUGAUUUACCAAAGAAUUUGUGUAAUGGGAAACUUGAAACCAAUUUUCAAGCACAAAUAUCUUACCAUAAAUUUUAGAGGAAAAUCUUAAUGAGCUGAUGAUCUGUGAAAUUCCUAGUAAUCAGAUGCCCAAGGUACAGAAGCAUCACUACAGCUCUUGGCCCUGUUGACACAUUCCUAGUUAGCCAAAGGCUGAUUUGACACUGAACAGCUUCUGUUUUUCCUUCCUCUCAGCAAAUCACCUCCUGCCUUCUGCCUCUCAGUGAGGAGCAUGUGCUUUGCUAUUUCUUAAAUGGACUGAAAUGAAGGCCUGCAAACAGUCCUGUGCAUGCUAGCAAGGUUUGUAAGUGGACCAGCUCACUUUAUGUGUGAAAGUUGUCCCAUUGUAAUGAUUGGCAUUGCUCCUGUGCCUAAAGUUAAGCAUGUACUUAAGUACCUUUAUGAAUCAGACACCCAGAGACUAGGGCAUUUUAUUUGUAUGCAUAAUAUAUAGUUUUCCAGAGAUCUUCCCACUUGAAUGUCUGUAGCAGAAAAUCAGUACAUGGAAAUAAACCCAGGGGACAUUUCAGUAAACACAAGUGUGGGAUUGGAGUCUUCACACUUAUAACUGCAGAUCUGCAUUCUGAAUCACAAAAAAAAUCAAACAAAAUGUGGCUUUUCAUGUAUAUUCCUUCUGUAUGAUAUUGCAUUUUGCAGGGAGCACGUAUAAUUAAAAAAAAACAAGAACAUCUACAUAGAUACAAAGAACUAUAGAGAUGGAAUACUUACAUUCUGUUUCCCAGUUUUAGUAUUUUAAAUCUUAAAGGUCUCAUUUCCAUGAGUCCAGAAUUCAUCCAAGCCACUCACAUAUCUGAAGAGGCUAAAUGAAUUGUUGUUUACAAAGUAUGCAAAUGAUCCAGUUUACACAAAAGGGGCAUAUUUGCUGAGGGAGCUGUAACUUCCUAUUUCCUGUUCUAAAACUCUGUAGUCAUAGGUAAGGUACACAGAAUGCAAAGCCAAUCAAAUUAUCUUGUACAAAACCUCCAAUCUGGAAGGCUCAUCUCACCUUUCUACCAAGAGGUAAUGGCAGGUAGCAUAAAGCUGUCUCAUCAACAAGGACCCGGGUUUUCCGUUUCCCAUGGAAAAAUGGAGAAAACCAUGGAUUCCCUAUUUUUAUUGGAGAAAACGUAGAUUUCCCUUUUUAGUAGAGAAAUCCAAGGAUUCUCUGCUUUUGCAAAGAGGUCUUGCAGGCUGGCACAGCUCCAGCCUGCAAGAGCCGAGGAAACCCCCAGCCCUGCCUGGAGGGGGAGGGAGAGGAGGGAGGGCAGGGCCUGAGCCUCUGAGGCUGCCAAGGCCGGGCUCAGGCUCAGACUCGCCCUUCACCCCUGGAGCAUAGAGGUACAUUGGGGCUGUGGGGCAGGACUGGGGAAGAUGGUUGGGGGCUGAGGGAGCAGGGGGUGGUGCCAGCCCCAGGCAGCACAUCACAGCUGGGAGCAGGGCCAGGGGGUGAGGGCAGGGGUGCCCCUCUGCAGGGGGCUUUGCAGGCAAAAGCAGGGCGCAGUGUGGUGGUGCCCACCAUGUGCAGGCCACACACAUGCCACCUGGUGGCCUGCACAGGGGAGUGGGUUAAGGGAGGCUAGCAUGUAGCUGGAGCAGAGCUCCGAGGCCAGCUCUGCAGCCACAGCGAGGGAUGGUGGGGGAGGGGGCUCACACGCAGCAGCUGCUGCCGCUUACCUGGAGGCCCGUGAUGGUGGUGACAGCCACUGCCUCCAAAACCUCCCGCUGCUGCUGCAGAGCUGUGCCCGGAACUGUGUGGCCGGCCACUGGGCGGCAGUGGCAGCGUGGUGGUGGCUGGACAGCAUGCAGCCAUCCCCACCACCACCCCGCGCUGCACCCCUGCCACUGGCCAUACAGCUCCAAGCGCAGCUCCGUGGCAGCAGCGGUAGUUUUUGUAGACAGCGGUCAUCACCGCUGGCACGGGCGGCUGCUGCUGCUUACCUGAAGCAAAAAACAAUGUACAGUAAUUGUCUAUAAUGUUACUAGAAAUUUUAAAUAUUGGACAAUUUUCCAGAGCUUUAUGGGAUACAAAGGCAAACAUGUUUUUGGAGCUAAGAGAUCAGUCUCCAAAAUUUUUCAGAAUCAUCAAAACUGUCCAUUCUGAAUUUAGUCCAGAGGUUGUCUCAGUAAAACAUGAUUGUCAUGGGCAGGGAUUUGUGGGAAGUUUUCUGCACAACCUUCCUUUAAGUGAACACAAAAAGGCUGAGGCGGCCUGGUUUAUAUUGGCCGUAGCCUCAAACCAAACAGUUGAGUCAGUAAGGGAAAUCAAAUAUAUCUUUUGUAAAGAGGAUACCACCAGUCUUAAGCUAAACUAUCCUUGUUUGCAAGUGAAGGAUCUGGUGCUGCUUUCAGAUAUUUAAUCUCUUUUGUUUCUAUAUAUUUUUAAUUAAUCCUUUUUUGUAAGCUUUAAUU